CGCCCGAUAAAAGAAAAACUUCAAGCCAGGGCCAGGAAAAAUAAAAGGGUUCCUCUCUCGCUCUCUCUUCCCACUCGUCUCCCUCCCCUCUCCAAAACCCCGCGCGGCAGACCAUGGCGGACGAGCAAUGGCGCGAGGAGGACUACUCCCAGCUGAGAGAUCUCCGUGUGAGCCUCGAUCAAGUAGGCGAAGACGGCGAAGGAAGAGGAGAUGGGGGCGGUGAUGGCGGCAGCGGCUUCUCCCUCUGCCUCUGGCUUUACCUCUCGAGCUCCGCUCGCCCUUCUUCCAUGAUCCUUCGACAGAUGACUUCGGAAAAUGAAGGUGAAGUUCCCUUUCUGGCCUUGAGUGAGCAAAACAAGCUGAUGCUCUUUCCUUUGAUGUUCUUACAUAAAGAAGCUCCAUCUACUGGCAGUUCCUUUACAUGGACUGACAUGCCCCACAUAUCUUCCAAGAUUGAAUUCCCACUGGAGAAAUGGGUUCAUGUUGGGUGUGAGGUAGCCACCCAUCAUAUGCGCCUUCACAUUGAUGGAAAACUAGUUGGAGAGGAACCUGUAACACUCCUAACCAAUAAGCAUCACUAUCGGGACAAUUUCAAGAGAAUAAAUUUUGUUGGUAAUGAUGGGAAACUUGAUGGUUAUGUCUAUCAUGCUCAAGUUUUGCCUAUAUCAGCAUCGAUAACAGAUCAGUUUGUAAAGGAUCCGCCAGUCAAAUUAUCUCUUGAUAGUUCAGGCAUCUCUGAUGGAGUUGAAGAAUGUGGGGAUGGUGUCUGGAGCAUUGUUGGUGGCAAGGCAUCUUGUCGCAGGAAUUUUUCGCUGGAUGUUGUUCUCUUAAAUGCUUUUGGUCGGACUGUAAACAAGGAGAUGGAGAUUGUUGCUUCACUUGUAUAUGCCGAUAAUGGAACUCCUGUUGAAAAGACUAGAGAUGAUGCAGAAGCUCCAUUACUGACGAGCUAUGAUGGACUUGAACACCCUUCCACGGACAGGCCUGUUACACUUCUUCGUGGAUGUGCAACCUUUAAGCUGAAGAUAUCUCAGCUGUCUUCUAAAUCUGACAAUAGGCUGUUCCGUGUUUGUUUUCGUACAAUGCAUGCUCAAAGAUAUCCAUUUCUAGAAGCAUACUCCCAUCCAAUCCAUUGCAUCUCAAGGAAUCGCAGUAACCGACCAUUGGCUUUAGGGAAAAGAUUGGCUUCCACAAGGGUGCUACUUGAUGAAAUUCAGUCACUCAAAGGCAAUGAUGGGUCUAGAGUAAUUCAUGAUACCUAUGGAGAUGAUCGUUUCCGCAUCCCGAAUCAGAGCGUAUUGAGAUGCAAUACCCCAUCAAAGCAUUCUAAACUAGAACAUGAUAGCUCACCUUCGGCAAUUGAUGCUAAUGGAAUCUUGGAAAAGGAUGAGAUGUCACUGAAGACAAGUCUAGAAGUAAGGUCGAAUAAUUUUGAAGGAACGGAUAGUGCACCAUCAGAUUCUGAGAGCACUGAUGCUAGGAACUAUGAAUCCAGAUGGACAAAAGAGGCUAUGAACCCAAUUUCAGAUGCUAUUAUGUUUAAAUACUGUUUAGAAGGCACAAAUGAGCGGUUGAUGUUGCUCAAAGAGAUGAUAACCUCUGCCUGUGAUGAAGAUAUCACUAACUUCGCAGAGCAGGUUUCCUUGUAUGCCGGAUGUUCUCAUCACCAAUAUCAAAUAUUGAUUUCAAAGCGGUUGCUCCAAGAGGGGGCGGAUACUUGGAACUCAAUUACUCAGAACAACUGCCAUGUUCUCUGGAAAGAUGCAGUUCCUGAGAUUGAUAAAAGAUUCAGGAACACUGCCCAUUCUAACAGGGGUUUGUCAGGAGAGGACCUGGAGGUUUUGCGAGGAAUUGCUGGAUGUGGUGAUCAUUUGGGUCGAGAAGAAUUUGAUAGAAUGUGGUACUGGUUAUACCCUGUAGCUUUUUCUUUGUCGAACGAACAAAUAAAUACCAUGUGGGCAUGCAUCUCACCCAAAUGGAUAGAAGGAUUAAUUACUAGGGAAGAAGCUGAGAAUGCGCUGAAAGGUCCUAGAGGGCUGCAGAGACCAGGAACCUUUGUUCUCAGGUUUCCAACCUCUCGCAGCUGGCCUCACCCAGAUGCUGGUAGCUUAGUUGUCACCUAUGUCGCUGCUGAUUCCACACUUCAUCAUAAGCUUCUUUCUUUUGAUUAUAGGAAAAAGGACACCAGCCCACUUCAAGAGUUGCUUUUGGAAGAGCCUGAAUUAUCGCAUUUGGGAAGGGUUUCUCGACAAGGACAUGCUGCUUCCCAGAGCUAAAGACUCUGGUCCUAGUGACCCUUUGCUGUGGCGGCAUGUUAAUGAGAGGCACCCAAAGUGCCGGGAGAGUUUAUUGUUGUUGUUGUAUUAUAAAAAACUGAUGCUGUGUAGUGGAGGGUCUUGCCCCCCGGAUGAGAGGGAAAUGCAAUGGUCAUAUUGUUAACAGAAGUCAAUCAAUAUAGUAAGUUUUUUCCUUUUCUUUUA